AGGAGGUGCCAGCGGAGGAGAGGCAAGAGGACCGGAAGAGGAGGGGAAAGAGGCGCUGCGACGUUGGGCCUGCAGAGACGUGCCGAUCCAGGCUGGCCCUCUCUCUCUCUCCCACCCACUCCCUCUCGACCCCGCUCUCCCCAGGGUGCAGCCCUGCCCCCCGCCCCGCCCUCACCUGCCUUUCUCCCCCAGUGGCCUUCCUCUCGUGCCCCUCGGGCGGAGGGAUGGUGCGGGUGGGCCGCGGAAGUUUAUAUACAAGAAUCUACAUACCUAGAUAUAGGUGUGCGUUUGUAAAUAUAAAUAAAAUGGAUAUAUGCAUAUAUGUGUGUAUAUAUGUAGUGCUUCUUUUCUAAAAAUAAUGUUUGGGGGUACUCUCAUUUUGACUCAAGAAAAUCACCAUUUUAUAGUUCUAACCGGGAAAAAUAAAUACAGUAAAUGGACAAAAGUACAUUCACAAAAUGGUUAGGGGUAUGCAUUCCCCUGCGUCCCCCCAGAAAAAAGCACUGUAUAUGUUCUGCCAAGGGCAGGGUUAUUUCUGGAUCUGGAGCCACUAAGCACGCCAGUGGAUGAAUAAGCAAUGCUUUAUUUGCAUAAGGUUAACAGAUAGCAGCAGGCAUACAAAACACAAAUUACAGCAUACCAGAGAGGAAUCAUAUAUAUAUAAUUGAUAUAUGUGUAUCAGUGCAUAUACAGUCAAACCUCAGUUCCCAAACUGCUCCGUUUUGGAAUGUUUCGGCUCCAAAAUGCUGAAAACCUGGAAGUAAAUGCUCCAGUUUUUGGAAGCCAAACUUCCAACGCAGCCUCUGCUUGAGUGCAAGAAGCUCUUGCAGCCAAUUGAAAGUCAUGUUGUCUAAUGUUUUGGAAGCCGAACAGGCUUCUGGAAUGGAUUAUGUUCGACAACCAAGGUUUGACUGUGUGUGUGUGUGUGUACAUAAAAUGGAUUUGUGGAUAUAUGUAUGUGUAUGUGUAUCUAUAUAUAUGCAUGGAUAUAUGUACAGUAUAUAAAUAAAAUGGAUGUAUGGAUGUGUGUGUGUGUGUGUGUGUGUGUGUGUGUAUUCAUAUAUAUACAUAUAUAUAUAUAUAUAUAUGUCAGGGGUUCAGGGACAGAGGGACAGGGUAGGCAGGAGAUGGAGAGCGAUGGGGAGGAAUUCCAAGCCAGCGAGGAAGAGGAUGACAAUGACUCAAGAGAUUCCAUGAGUCUUUCCAGCGAAUCAGAGGAUUCCCAGAAGGGGCGCCAGUGGUUAAGGCCAGGGAGCCCCAGGAGGGACGUGUCAGGAGCAGGGGCCCGCGGAGGAUCCCAACUUGGCAGCUGGGCGUCAGGACCCGCCUCCCAGCCCGAGUGCAGCGAAGGCGGUGGAGUUUCCAGUGUGUCAGAGGAAGCAGCUCCGGGAGCAGAGAAAGGAGGGAGGGCAGAGCAAGCCGCCCUUCCGGAAGGGGAGGGGAGCAGUGAAGGGAGUAGUGUAACUGUCAAAAGGAAAGUUAGAGGUUUGGCGCGCGCGCCUAGUUCAAAUGUAGAGGCGCGCGGAAGUACAGGGAGCCCGGAGGAGGGGCCAGGUCCCAAAGCCCGCAGGAGGGUGGAAGAGCAGUCUGGGGAUUCAGCGUCAGAGGAAUCCAGAAGGGGCGCAACCCCAGCGGGCAGAAGGACCCUGCGGAAAAGGAAGGAGAGAAAGAGGUGGAGCAGCGCAAGUCUCUUAAAUUGGUGCAGGGGAGGGACUGACUCAGAGGGGACUUCAGCGGUCUAGCGUAAGAGACGUAAGGCUGCGCGCCUAGGAUGUCAAGCAAACCAUGAACUGCAAUAAACACCUUUGUAUAUAAGAAGACAUAGGCGUUGGUCUUUUGUGAGCUGAGACUUGAGGCAGCCUUGACAAUAUAUAUAUAUAUAUAUAUAUGGUUAUGUGUAUGUAUAUGUGUGUGUGUCCAUAGAUAGAUAGAUAAUUUAUAUUGAUCAACCAUCUUCGGAUGAAGGGCACUCUAUAUACAAUGUAUAGAGUGUCACAACAAGCCGUUUGGAAAGCUCUGGUGUAAAAAAAUAUAUAUAUAAUAUGAUAUACUGUAUGUUCUACGGUGAUGCCUCCUGCAGUCCACAAAAUGAAUAAAUAUUACCCUUGGGAUGGCAUCUUGCUGGCUGUGCCUCAGCACAAGCUACUUCAUCUAUGUCGCCGGCACCCACUCAGGUUGAGCUGAGCUAGUCAGCCCCACCCUGGCGGCAAACGGGUCCUGCCACGUGAGUCCCUUUGUUGGGUGGGCAGGCAGGGACACACACGUGUGUGUGUUUCAUGAAGGGAAAACAACCCAUUAUUAUUACUAUUACCAUCGUCAUUUACUAUUUAUUAUUUACGGAAAUAUUGGGGCAGAUUAUUAUCAUUUACCAUUUAUUAUUUACAGAAAUAUGGGAGCCACCACCACUCUGUUGUCUCACCCAUCUUUCAGCACUGAUAUUUCCUCCCUCUGACCCAGAUUUGGCUUUCAUCGGGUGGCCAAUAUGAUGAGAAUUAUUGAAUAUUAAUAAUAUUGGCUGACCCUAUAAUAGGCCUGCUGCCAAGUGGGUUGGACCCUUGGCUCUAGCGCUACGUUUCCCUUCCAGCUGCAUGGGUUGGACGCCAACUGCCUGAACAUCUAGUCCCAGAUGGAAAAGAAGAGGGAGCUGAUCCGCAGCCGUGCCAGCAACUUCUUGUUCCCCGAGGAGGCCACUUUCAACGGCACCAAGGACUUCCAGGUGCCUUUAUGUUCCUGUCCCAAUCCAUAUAAAGGCAGAGGAGUGCUGGUGCUGCCAGGAAUUUGACAGCCAUGGUGGUGGGUUUUGCCCCGCCCUAACUUCAGGGUUCAGCAUUCGCCAGGUGCAUUUUGCCACAGGUGUGGGGCCAACUGCAACUGCAUGGAGAUCUCUGGGUGCCAGGUUGGCAAUGGACAUGUCCGUCUGGCUGGGCCCUCCAACUUCAUUAAGCAGGAGAGCUUAUUUCAAAAAACGUAGAAUGAUAGAGUUGGACGGGAGCGUGGCGGUCAUUAGUCCAACCCCCUACAAGGAAUGAAUCUCAGUUCAAGCAUCCAGGACAGACAGCCAUCAAAGCCUUGCUUCAAAACCUUCAAGGAAGGAGAAGCUUCCUAUUGCCUUGGUCUCUCCCCGUUUUCUCCAAGGAGUCCAUGGUACGCUCCGCCCAUUGUUCCCUGCAACAACCCUGUGAGGUAGGCUUAGAGGAUAACGCAGGUUGAAGGGAUCCUUUGGCGACGGGUUUCUAUCUGCCUUGCUCCCUCCUUCCAGAUUGUCCUUGAGGGCGGCUUCAGGAAGGAUCCCCAAAGCAGCAUAGCUCUGGAUGACCUGAUCCUGUCUCCCGGUUGCAUCCAACAAAGCAGUGAGGCAAAAAGGAGUAGAAAUAAGGCUCUAGUUCUCUUUAUAACCUUUCUUCAAAAAUAUUUUAAAUGGGUCGUAUAUGUGUGUGUACCCAUGUAUGUGUGAGUGAGUUUCUCUCUGUGUGUGUCUUGUGAACCGCCCUAUGGGAAUAGGAGAAUGGGAAGGGACACUGAGUGUCAUCCAACCCAAUUUUUUUGGCUGGAACCCAAAACCCACAGAUGAGGAGUCUCAUGGGAUGGAGCCAUCCUCCCAUAUGUAUUCCUCCCACCAGUCCCGGACAUUGACACCUCCUUCCCUCCCCAUCUAGGCCUGUUCUCUGUUACCCCCAGCAAGCCACACACACCCCGGCACCUGCAAGGAUGGCCAGUUUGCCUGCGACGACGACAGCGUGCUCUGCAUCAGCAGAGAGCAAAUGUGCGACUUCGAACCUGACUGCCAUGAUGGCACAGAGGAGAGCCAGUGUGGUGAGCAUCUGCAGGGAAUUUGAGGCCUGCCAUAUGCCUUUGUGGAACUGGCCGCCAUAGGAGACAGGAAAGUGUUUUCUCCUCGUGUAUCUUGUCAUGCCAGAAAUAGAGUAGCCAUGUUACAUGGAAACCAAAUUCCCUGCUGGGUCUGAGCCCACCCAGGGGCAGCACCCUGUGCAGCACUAAAAUCCAGCACCCUCUGCUUUGAGCAUGUCCUGCUUUACAACGUCACAGAAUGAUAGCAUUGUAGAGCUGGAGGGCACACCCUGGGUCAUCUACCCUGCAGAUGGGCGCUGGGAGGAAAGGAAUGGCUCCAGAUACCAUCAGCCCUCGUCCUUUACUAGGAGCAGGCCCCACCGGGUGGGUGUGGUGGGGUGGCGCCUUGGAACAAGGUCUGCUUGACGACCACACCCUGGGUAUGCCGGAGGGUGAGUGGCGCCUUGCAGCAGGUUGGACUGGAUGACCCCCGGGGUUUCCAGUCCAGAAGAAGAUCCAACUGGAACACAUCUCUUCCCUUGCCCAGGGCACUACAUGGUUACCGACACCAGCACUGGCUUUCUGGCGGCAGGUCAAGCAGUGGCAUUGUCCAGAAGCACAGCGUUCAGACUUCAAUCAGUGUCCAAUGACAUUGCGUAUUCUGUAAAGCUCACGCCAGAGGAAGCGUGUGGGCACAAGAUUUAUUAG